AUUGGAAUUCGAGCUUCAUUGAUAAUCCGCUUCCAUGAUUGGCUGGUGCGGCUACGGUGGUAGCGCGCUCAACCCUCACAACAUCAACCGACAUUUACCAGGAUUACAGUCACCUACGUCGACUUUCGGUCUGUAGAGUAUUUUGGGAACAAAAUAUUGAAGGUAAACCACAUCUCUCUGUUUCAUUGACACAAUAACCUACCUGUUUAUUCUAUAUACUAGAAAUUCCCCAAUAAAAAUAUUUACAACAACACUCACUUCACUUCCCCCGGUAUCAGUUUCUAGGGGCUCGCGAGAGCAUCCACCACAGAGAACGAAGGACCUUCCCACGAAUUACCACAAUGAACACAUAGCAAGCUAUCAAGCAACUCUCAUACUUCAGAACUCCCAGGUCCUGCGAAUUGCACCUGCUGUUACGGUUAUACCACCUCUCAAGGGCUUCGAUUCCUCGUUCUCCCCGCCAUAAUGUCAACCAAGCGCCCCGCUGCACCAGGCUCUUCCGCCCCAAAGCCACCCGUCUCCUUCUCCUCAUCGAUAACCAUUUCCGACAUCGCCGUCCUCAUAGGGACCCAGCCCAUCUUAAUACGCAGCUACUCGAUUAUCCAACCCCGCGCGCGCCUUAUCUCCACUCAUGGACCCGUUUCCAUCGGCUCAAUGUGCAUAAUAUCCGAACGAGCCUCGAUCGGCCUACUCUCCGUCCCAAAAGCAGCCGCAGACCCCAAGUUCCCGGGCGUCACCAUAGGCGAUAACGUCACAAUAGACAUUGGUGCGGUCGUCGAGGCUUCUCACGUUGGGGACGGUACACACAUUGAGGCGAACACACGCGUCGGUGCUGGGGCCAAGAUAGGGAAAUUCUGCCGUAUCGGAGCGUUCUGCGAAGUCGCAGCUGGCGAGGUUCUAGAAGACUACACAGUGUUGUUCGGUGAAGGGCUGCGAAGGAUUGAUAAAACUGAAAGCGAUGAGGCGAAGUUAAAGAGUACAAGGAGGCAUGUGGAGGUGUUGAGGAAGCUGGUGACCAGCAAGCCUGAGAAAUUCAUGUAAACAGCAUGUUAGGCGGUGCAUGUAUGGUGGAUGGGCGAGGUUCGGUAUACCCAGGUUAUAUAUAAGAAGGGCGAUUAUUCAGCUCAAAUUCGAUCAGAAGUGCUUUGAA